GGUCAGUCCAAAGUCCAAACACGCGCACUCCUUUCUCUCUCUACUCUUUCUCUCUCUUGGAGACUGCUCUUCUCUCUACUCUUUACUCUCUCAAUGGCCAUAACAUUCCGGCUGUGACAGGAUAAUAUUCCGGUGACUGCGAUCCCUGUUUCGCCGGAAUGUGGGAAUUCCGGCACUUCUCAAAUCCAGGGCACAGUGUUCAUUUUGUCUGGAAGGCUUAUUUAAGUGACUUCAACUUCAGAAUAUGAGGAUGUUUCAGUGUCACUUAUAUGGUGAUUGAUGAGAGAGGGUCUGAAAUUCUAGGGCGAAUUUGAUGGAUUAUUCUUUUGAUUAGUCACUUGUGGUUUUCUUUAGAACAACUGCGCAAAUCCAGUUAAUUUGAGGUAAUUAAUGGAUGACAAAUUAGGCUUUAUUUGGUGUGCACACUAAGUGGGUGAUGAUGAAUUUGAGAGAAUUUGUUGGGGUGGUGCCAUGAAGCAGAUGGCGGAUGCUACUCGGAGUGGCCCCGUUGAAAGGGAUAUUGAGCAGGCCAUCACCGCACUUAAGAAGGGAGCACAUUUACUUAAAUAUGGCCGCAGAGGGAAACCCAAAUUUUGCCCUUUCAGGCUAGCCAAUGAUGAAUCUGUUCUAAUAUGGUACUCUGGCAAAGAGGAGAAAAGCCUCAAACUAAGCCAUGUAUCAAAAAUUAUACCUGGCCAACGUACUCCAAUCUUUCAGAGAUAUCCACGGCCAGAGAAGGAAUACCAGUCCUUUUCUCUCAUAUACAAUGAUCGAUCUCUGGACCUGAUAUGUAAAGAUAAAGACGAAGCAGAAGUUUGGUUUAUUGGUCUCAAAGCAUUAAUUUCACGUGGUCACCAUCGGAAAUGGAGAACAGAAUCAAGGAGUGAUGGAGCUUCAUCUGAUACAAAUAGUCCCAGGACAUACACUCGGCGGAGUUCUCCUAUGAGUUCUCCCUUUGGCAGUGGGGAGAGCUUGCAUAAGGAUGGAGGAGAGACUCUACGAGUCCAUAGUCCAUAUGAAAGUCCUCCAAAGCAUGGUGUGGAUAAGACAUUAUCUGACAUGAUCUUGUAUGCGGUACCUCCCAAGGGUUUCUUUCAGACAGAUUCUGUUGGUGGUUCUGUCCAUUCUUUGUCAUCUGGUGGAUCUGAUAGUGUAAAUGGACACAUGAAAAGCACAACUGUGGAUGCUUUUAGAGUAAGUUUGUCUAGUGCAAUAAGCUCAUCUAGCCAAGGUUCUGGUCAGGAUGAUGAGGCAUUGGGAGAUGUAUUCAUCUGGGGUGAGGGGACAGGUGAUGGGAUUUUGGGUGGUGGCUCACAUAAAGUUGGUAGCUCUUCUGGUGUCAAGAUGGACGCAUUCUCUCCAAAGGCUUUGGAAUCUGCAGUGGUGCUUGAUGUUCAAAAUAUAGCUUGCGGUAGCAGACAUGCUGCACUAGUCACUAAGCAAGGGGAGGUCUUCUCAUGGGGGGAGGAAUCAGGAGGCAGGCUUGGGCAUGGAGUAGAUGCUGAUGUUUCACAACCAAAGCUUAUUGAUGCUCUGAGCAAUAUGAACAUUGAACUUGUAGCUUGUGGUGAAUACCAUACUUGUGUUGUGACACUGUCUGGAGAUCUGUACACUUGGGGUGAUGGUACCCAUAGUUUUGGGCUUCUAGGGCAUGGAAAUGAAGUGAGCCAUUGGGUUCCAAGAAAGGUUAAUGGCCCAUUAGAGGGCAUACAUGUUUCUUCAAUUUCCUGUGGGCCUUGGCAUACAGCAGUUGUAACUUCUUCUGGCCAGUUGUUUACUUUUGGUGAUGGAACUUUCGGUGUCCUAGGUCAUGGUGAUCGUAAAAGCUCAUAUAUACCUAGAGAAGUGGAGUCCCUUAAGGGGCUGCGUACUGUGCGAGCAGCUUGUGGUGUUUGGCACACUGCAGCUGUUGUGGAAGUCAUGGUUGGAACUUCAAGUUCGAGUAAUUGUUCGUCUGGAAAGCUGUUUACAUGGGGAGAUGGUGAUAAAGGCAGGCUUGGCCAUGGUGAUAAGGAACCGAGACUUGUUCCAACUUGUGUGGCUGCUCUCGUGGAGCCAAAUUUUUGCAAGGUAGCCUGUGGGCAUAGCCUUACGGUUGCUCUCACAACUUCUGGGCAUGUUUAUACUAUGGGUAGUACUGUUUAUGGCCAGCUGGGAAAUCCCCAAGCUGAUGGAAAGCUUCCCACCCGUGUGGAAGGAAAGAUUCAGAAGAGUUUUGUGGAGGAGAUCUCUUGUGGUGCUUAUCAUGUCGCAGUAUUAACUUCCAGAACUGAAGUUUAUACUUGGGGUAAGGGGGCAAAUGGACGCUUGGGCCAUGGGGAUAUUGACGAUAGAAAUACCCCAACAGUGGUUGAAGCUUUGAAAGACAAGCAAGUUAAGAGUGUUGUUUGCGGCACCAAUUUUACUGCAGCUAUCUGCCUUCACAAGUGGCUCUCUGGUGUUGAUCAAUCAAUGUGCUCGGGCUGCCGCCUUCCUUUUGGUUUUAAAAGAAAACGCCAUAACUGCUAUAAUUGUGGGCUUGUUUUUUGUAAUUCAUGCAGCAGUAAAAAGUCUUUGAGAGCAUCUAUGGCUCCAAAUCCCCAUAAACCGUAUCGGGUGUGUGAUAAUUGCUUUUGCAAACUUAGGAAAGCUAUGGAUACUGGUCCAACUUCUCAACUUGCUAUGAACAGGAGAGGAGCUGUCAGUGAUAACUACAGCGACACUACUGUGAAAGAAGAGAAGGUGGAGCCUAAGUUGCAGGGGCAACUCUCAAGGCUCUCCUCAUUGGAAUCAUUUAAGCAUGUCGAGGGUAGAUCUUCUUCCAAACGAAACAAGAAGUUUGAAUUUAACAGCAGCCGUGUAUCUCCUAUUCCAAAUGGAAGCUCCCAAUGGAGCGGUCUUAACCUUUCAAGGUCUUUAAAUCCUGUAUUUGGUUCCUCAAAAAAGUUCUUCUCUGCCUCUGUUCCUGGGUCAAGAAUCGUUUCUAGAGCGACAUCUCCCAUAUCAAGACGACCCAGUCCUCCACGUUCAACAACACCUACACCAACUGUGGUAGGGCUUGCAUCCCCUAAAGUUGUUGUAGAAGAUCCAAAGAAGGCAAAUGAUAACCUUAGCCAAGAGAUUCUCCAAUUAAGAGUUCAGGUGGAAAAUCUCACUCGCAAAUCCCAGCUUAUGGAAGUUGAAUUGGAGAGGACAAGGAAACAAUUGAAGGAAGCUAUGGAAAUUGCUGGGGAAGAAACAGCUAGAUGUAAAGCGGCAAAGGAAGUAAUCAAGUCACUUACUGCACAGUUGAAAGAUCUUGCCGAGAGACUACCUGUUGGAGCUGCAAGGAAGCUCUCUAGUGAUAUCUCAACUGUACAUGGGGAUCGACUAAAUAACCAGUUAGUCGUUCAUGAAUCAGAAACCAAUGGCACCACGAACUCAUCUGUUACUAAUGGCCCAACAAUGACUAUUAGCAACAGGAGUUUGAGUCAAGCUCGACCCAUGGGUGACCACGAAGCAGCAACAAAGAAUGGGAGCAAAACAAUGAGCCAAGAUGGUGCAGACCAUGCACAGGAGAGAGUUGUACAAGAUGAACCCGGUGUGUACAUCACCCUCACCUCCUUACCUAGUGGCGCUGUGGAUCUAAAACGGGUGCGCUUCAGUCGUAAACGGUUCACUGAAAAGGAAGCUGAGUUGUGGUGGGCAGAGAACAGGGCAAGAGUGUACAAACAAUAUAAUAUGCAGUUGGUGGAGAAACCACCCAAUGAUGGUGUUGGGGAUGGGAAUGCUGAUGCAUCCUGGUGAUCAUAGGGAGUUCUGCUUUGUCUGUGUUUCAACUCGAAGCCUUCGGUGUGAAGUCUGAUCUGAUUCAUUUGAUGCCUCUCUUACUCCUCUUACCCUUAAGAAAAGUUGGCAAUUUGAGAGAGAGAGAGAGAGGAUCUCCAUUUACCAUAUUCUUUGGGAGGGUAACCGGAUCUUGGGCUUGAGGUGAAUUUGGUUUUUAUUUUUAUUUUCUGUUUUUUUUUGUAAAUUGUUCGUGGCUGGCUGGCUUUUAUUCAGUAUAGCUGCCUUGUAAAUGAUAAUGAAAGAUGUGCUUCUUCGGGUAAAUAUAUAUAUUUUGUUGAGAAGUUCGGGUAAA